AUGGCUUUUUUCUUCACUCGUCUAAUUCGCUACGUGGUCCUCGGGCUUGUACUGGCCGGUGUUGUGCAGUACAUGCUACGAUGGAAGACCUACACCGUUUCACCGAAGAUAUUUCGUCAGUUGGCCGGCGCAGCGCAUGGAAACAGUGGAAUUUCGAAUGUGAAUAAGCUGCGGAAUGAUUUACGCCGUACAUAUCCAAGCCAAAUCAUCGAGAGCGACUGGGAGGCCAUUUAUGGUGGUGGUUUGAACCUGCGUGCCAACAUUCUGUUCGCAUCACCCACCGAAUUCAUCAUCGUUUUUCAUGCUCCUCAUCGAACAUCCGGCUUCUCAGGUUGGCAUUGGGUCAAUAGUACUUGCACGGUCCUGAAUGGUGAGGUGACACGCAGUGCAUUUACAGCACACGGGGCGAACCAGGAGAAAUUUGAACCCGGGAAAAAUUUCCGGCAUGGUGAAUUCGAACGACAUGGUUACGAAUUUGCACCGGAUACCUACCUGGCAUGCUAUGGUCGUGGUGCUGUUCCGCUGAGUAGCGUAUGGAUGUUGACGGGUUCGGUUGCAAACGCCGAUCCUGUAUCAUUUUCGAAGCUCAUUUUCACGUACACAAAUGCAUGCGUACAUCAGAUCAAGAAUACAAUCAUGAAAACUUUCAAUUAUUACAAAUCGAAAGCCUUGAGAAAUGAGCUGUAA